UUUGGAUUACACUCAUGUCUUUCUUCUUCGUAGAUUUAAGAUCCAUGAACAAGUCAGCAACACACGUUGUAACGGAGUUUAUUCUCCUGGGAUUCCCUGGUUCCUGGAAGAUACAGAUUUUCCUCUUCUCAUUGUUUUUGGUGAUUUAUGUCUUGACCUUGCUGGGAAAUGGAGCCAUCAUCUAUGCAGUGAAAUGCAACCCACAACUACACAACCCCAUGUACUUUCUGUUGGGAAACUUUGCCUUCCUUGAGAUCUCGUAUGUUUCCUCCACUGUUCCUAACAUGCUAGCCAACAUUCUUUCCAAGACCAAGGCCAUCUCAUUUUCUGGGUGCUUCUUUCAGUUCUAUUUCUUCUUUUCACUGGGAACAACUGAAUGUCUCUUUCUGGCAGUAAUGGCUUAUGAUCGAUACCUAGCCAUCUGCCACCCACUGCAGUAUCCCGCCAUCAUGACUGGAAGGUUCUGUAGUAAGCUGGUGUCUUUCUGUUGGCUCAUUGGAUUCCUUGAAUACCCAAUUCCCAUUUUCUUCAUCUCCCAACUCCCCUUCUGUGGUCCUAAUAUCAUUGAUCACUUCCUGUGUGACAUGGACCCAUUGAUGGCUCUAGCCUGUGCCCCAGCUCCCAUAACUGAAUGUAUUUUCUAUACUCAGAGCUCGCUUGUCCUCUUUUUCACUAGUAUGUACAUUCUUCGAUCCUAUACCCUAUUGAUAACAGCUGUUUUUCAGGUCCCUUGUGCAGCUGGUCGGAGAAAAGCCUUCUCUACCUGUGGUUCUCAUUUGCUUGUGGUAUCUCUUUUCUAUGGGACAGUCAUGGUAAUGUAUGUAGGUCCUACAUAUGAUGUACCAACUUUAUUGCAGAAGAUCCUCACACUGGUAUAUUCCGUAGUGACUCCUCUUUUUAAUCCUCUGAUCUAUAGUCUUCGUAAUAAGGACAUGAAACUUGCUCUGAGAAAUAUCCUGUUUGGAAUGAGAAUUAGUCAAAAUUCAUGAGCCAAAGAUGUGCCAUACUUACAAGUUCUAAUGAAGAACCAAGC